AGACAAACCAAACGCUCACACUGAUCUGCCAAGAUGUCCAGAUAUCUACGGGCAAAAAUCUUCAGUUCAAGAACUGUCUUCCUGCUGGGAUGUCUUCUCAUGGUUGUUUAUCUUUGCAGAGAAUAUUCUGGCCACACAGCUCUUCAUGCAGAUGUACAAAUGGAUGGCAGUCAGAUAUCACCAAACACCAAAAAUACCUCCUAUGUAUACUGGCAAAGGUGCGAAAGAAACAUGUCUGCUAACAGCAUCACAAACUUCAGCUCACUCCCUGGUCACAUACAAGACUUUCUAUAUCAUCGCCACUGUCGACAUUUUCCCAUGAUACUGGACCUUCCUCACAAAUGUGGGGGCCCUGACCGAUCCUCUGAAGUCUUCCUUUUGCUGGUCAUCAAAAGCCCCCCACAUAACUACGAUCGCAGAGAGGUACUGCGCAAAACCUGGGCCAAUGAGAGGCUGCAGAAUGGUGUGUGGAUCAGGCGGCUCUUCAUUGCAGGAACAACAGGUACUGGAUUUGAGAAGAAAAGAUUGAACAAAGUGCUUGAACUGGAGCAAAGUCAGCACUAUGACAUUCUUCAAUGGGAUUUUAUGGACACAUUUUUCAACCUUACCUUGAAGCAGGUACUCUUUCUGGAGUGGAUGGAAAGAAACUGUCCUAAGGUACAUUUCCUGUUAAAUGGUGAUGAUGACGUCUUUGUGAACUCACAUAACGUUGUGAAGUAUCUCCAAAACCUGAAGGACAAUAAUGGAAGCAAGCACCUCUUCACUGGAUAUCUGAUUGACUAUGCCAGGCCAAUUAGAGCACCGUGGAGCAAGUAUUUUGUUCCAGUCCAGUUGUUUGAGUCUGACUCAUACCUCCCUUACUGUGGUGGUGGGGGCUUCUUCCUAUCUGGUUACACUGCUUUGGUCAUAUACAACAUGUCCCAGUCGAUUGUCCUUUUUCCCAUUGAUGAUGCUUACAUGGGAAUGUGCCUGGCGAAAGCAGGACUUAGGCCUGGUUCGCAUAUCGGCGUGAAGACUACAGGACUGUAUGUCCCAUCCAACAUAGAUGAAUAUGACCCUUGUUUUUAUAAUGAAAUCCUACUGGUUCACAGGUUCCUUUCAGCUGAAAUGAUUGUCCUGUGGCACAGAAUAAAUGACCCCAACCUGAAAUGUGUUGGCAGUUUAAAAUAG